AUGUCUUCUUAAAAGAGAGAAUCAAAGUCCCCUUUAAAAUCGUUGUUAGCUGUAUUCCAAGGUGGAGGAGGAGGAGCAACCAAAGUCAUUCUACCACCCAACACUCAAAUUGUAUUUAAUAAAGAAAAAGGAGUGUAUGAAUACCCAGGAAAGGAAGCUUAUUCAGAGAAGAAGCCAGAGCCUAAAUUUGAGGAAUAGAUUCCUCCUGGAGAAGUCAAGGAAUAUUUGAAGCCAUAGAAUCCUCAUUUAAGAGGAAAGCAACAGAGAUAAUAGAAAGACCAUUCAAUUAAAUAAGUGCCACCAGUUGCCAUUCCUGCUUAAACAAAUAACAAUUAGACUUUAAAUUAAUAACAAUAGGACUAACCAAAAUAAUUGGAAAAGCAACCUGAAUAAGAGAAAUAAUUAGAGUAAAAUGAAUCAUCACAAUAAAGAAAUACUUAAAAUAAUCCACAAAUUGCAGUCAGCUAACCAAAAGCAAAUUAGAUAUCCAAUCAACCAGAAAUACAACAAUCUAACCAUCAUGUAAAUAAUCAACAGUUAGUGGUGCUUUAAUAAUAGGUUUUAUAAUUAGCAACAGAAAAUAAAGAACUUUCAUCACAAUUAUAAGAAUUAUGUAAAGCAUAUAAUUAGCUGAUCCUAAAUUAUGAUUCAUGCAAUAACUUUAUUCAAACUCUUCCAAAAGCACUUUUACCUUAGAAUUAUAUGGACAAUUUAGAUUAAAAUAUGAAAUAUCUUAAACUAUUCCAACCUUAAAAUAUAAGCUUAGACUUGUAAUAGUUCAAUUUAAAUUUAUUAAAAAACUAGACUCAUGUUUUUGUUCCUCCUUAAAUCAUCGAUUUUCCUAUUAGUAGCAACGAAUACUUGACCUAAAUUAUACAAGAGCAGAAUGAAGAAUUAUCCGAUAUGACUGAACUUCUUGAAUAAUAAUAAUAAGAAAUAUAGAAUAAAGAUCUGUAUGUGUAAUAAUAGCAAUUACUAAUAAAUGAUUUGUUGAGAAAACUAGAGGAGUUUGUGAACUGUACUAAUGCCUUCAAGAAAUAGUUAGAAAGCUAAGGUGAAGAAAAGAAAAACUAUUAAUAGUAUAUUAAGUAACUUGAUUUUAACAUUAAAUAAUAAGAUUUGCAAAUCAAAAAUCUGUAAAAAGAGAAAGAAGUAUAUAAAAGAUAGGUUCAAAGUCUUCAAAGAGAUAAAGACAUGUAUAUAAAAUAAAAUGAGAAAUUGAGAAGACAAUAUGAUGAAGAUAUUUAAAUGAUGAAUUCUCAAUUAGAGUAAUCUCAAUUACUAAUUAACGAUUAAGAGUGUGCUGAACUAAGAUAAAUUAAAGAUUAAUUACAGUUUGAUUUAGAAAUCGCCAAGUCAGAGAUUCAAAAUCUAAAAUAACUUGUAUAUGAGAUUAGUACUGAGAUUAAUGUUGGAUUCAAAUUCUUAGGAUCUUUAGAAGUUAGAUAGAUUGAGACCAAAUUAGACAUCUAAACAUUGUGCCAUUCAUAUAGGAGAGAAUAUUAAAAGUAAAAGCUCUAAAAAGAAUAAGGUCAUUUAUCUAUUCUAUAAGAUUAUAAAGCUUAAAUCUUUUAGAUAAAUCUAUAAAAAUCCUCUUUAGAAUCAAUAGUUGCUUAAUAAGAAAAAUAAAUCAAUAACUAUAUCAACGAUGUUGUAUCAUCAAAGAAAGAAAUUGCUCUUAUAUGCCAAGAAUAUGAAUAGAAAAUAGCAGAAGUGAAUGAUUAAAAGUCAGUAGUUUUAAAUGAAUUAAAAUAAUGUGAAGAUUAAUUAUUCUAGACUAAUUUACAAUUGAUAAAUCAACAAUAAGAAUUCUAGUCGUAAUUGAGGAAUAAAAUACUUGAACAUAAUGAAUAAACAACAGAUUUGGAGAAAAGUCUUUAGCAAUCUAAAAUUGAGCAUGAAUUUCUGAAAAAAUAAAUUCAUGAUAAGGAGAAGGAAAUUGAAAAAUAUUCAUUAAAUUCAAAAGAAUUAUAAGAACAAAUAAUAAGAUUAGAUCAAGAGAAAAAAACACUGCAACAUUCUAUAUAAAAUUCAGAUAAAUUAAUUGAAUUAGAAAAGAAAUAAUUAGAGUAAUAAAGGGAUUAGAAUUAACAUAAAAUCCUUGAAUUAUAAACUUAGGUUGAGUAGAUUACUGAAUAAUUGAGUCAAUAAAUGAAUUUAUUUGAAGAGCAAUAAUAAGAAAAUUAAAAUUUGAUUGAAUAAAUUGAGAAAUACUAAUAAAAAGAACAAGAAUAUGAUUUUAUAUUAUAAUAAUAGGAAGAAUUGAGUUAAACUAAAUAAUAAUUAUAGAAUCAAAUACAACAACACGAAAAUCAGUUAUAAAUAGUAUAAAAUUUAUAUGAUGAAUUGAAAAUUUCACAUGAAAAUAGUAAACAUUAAAAUGAUUCAUUAUAAUAAGAAAUAGACUUGUUAAAUUAAUAGUUGCUUGAUUCAAAAAAUGAAGUUGAAUAACUUAAAUAAAUGUAAUAACAAUUUGAAAAUUUGAUUCUUCAAUUGAAUGAACAAAUAGAAGAGUAAAACUAAAAUUAGAACCAAACUGAUUUACAAUAAUAACUUCAAGAAGAGAUUCAUAAUAAAGUUAACUAAAUUAAUUAAUUGACAGAAUAAAUUGAAGAAUUAACUGAAAACAUAAGACAAAUAAAAGAUAACAAUGCUGUAGAAAUUGCUUAAAUAUAAUAGUAGCACACAAUAGAGUUGAAUGGAAAAAAAGAAGUGAUAAUAUAAUUAGAAACCAGUUUACACAAUUUAUAACACCAAAAUUCAGUUAACUCCUAAGAACUUGCAAAUUUAUAAUAAUAUGCCUAAAAUGAAAGAUCAUAACAAUAAUAGGAAACUGAGAUUGAAAAACAAUAAUUAAAAUUGCAGAUUACAUCUUUUAAUGAAGAGAGAGUUACAUUAAAUAGUCAAAUUACUUAGUUAUCUUAAUAAGUAGAACAUUAUAGUAAUUUAAAUUCAUAAUUAACUUAAAAAAUAGAGGAGAUUCAAUAAAAAUUAUCUGAUCAAUAGAGCCAACAACAGCCAUCCAACAAAGUUGAUUAAUAAGAAUAUCGUAAUUUGGAAUAAGAAAACUAGGAUUUAACAGAUUAGAUUUCAAAAUUGCUUGAAGAAUUAGGUGUAGUUGAAUAGGAGAGAUCUUAGAAGGAAGCAGAUAAUGAAGAAUUAAAAAUUCAAUAUGAACAAGCUUUAAAUACAAUAGCUGAGUUAAGAUCAAAAGAAUAUGAUGUAAGUUAAUUGAAGUAAUCUCAUAAUUAAUUUUAAACUCUAUAGGAUGAAAAUACUAAUUUAAAGUAAUUGUAUGCUUAGAAGUUAAAAUUAGUUGAUCAAUUGAAUAAAUAAAUUUAAGAGUAAGAGCAACAAAUGAAUAAUUAUCUUUAAAAUGAAUAAGAAUAUUAGAAAUUAAAGGUUAAAUAUCAAGAGCUAAUUAUUGAAAAGGAUCAGUUGUCAUCAUAAAUUGAGAAGUAAUAAUAGACAUCAUCUAAGAUUGAAGAUACAAAGGAAUUUAUUGUUGAAUAAAAUCUGAAGUUGUAGAGAAUGGAAUAAGAAAUAGCAGGCUUAAAUUCAAAAAUUUUGUAAUUGACUGCCCAAAGAGAUGAAUAUAAAGAAUAACUUGAAUUCAAAUAAAAGAAUGCAAAUUCUUAAAAACCAAGUGGAUUUGUGGGUAAAUUGGCUGGAUUUUUCGCAACAGAAAGUGAGUUGAAAAAAAUGACUCAAGGGUAAUGA